GUUCAUUGCGCGUGUGGCGAUAGGACAUUCGUUUUGGUGCAUCUAUAAGGGCUGCAAAGAACCAGUGCGCCACCGAGAUUGUGUCUCGAAGAAGAAGUCGUAGAAGGAUACGUGUGAAGGUCGUCUUCUACGUGGUAUCUUUUGGUGACCGUAUCAUUACAGAUAUCUUAUUUGACACGCAAAAAGAAAAAUGUUCUUUCCAUCCGGAAGACGUGCGGGAUCGCGAUCGCCAGCAGGCCAGAGCCCCUGUUGUUCCGGUAGUGGGAUAAAGACAAGCCAGCAACCACAUCGGGCGGAACAGUAUUCUUGCCACAGUAGAAGCUCUUCUUCAACCUCAAAAAUACAUACGGAAAUGUUGAACAUAAGAAAUCGCACGACCUCCACGCCAGGAACAAUGUUCUUCACGCGGUCUGCCACCGCUGCAGUGAUGUGCGGCUUCUUGGUGCAUACAACGUCUACGAGCAACUUCCUCGUCCCCCCGGCGACGUCGGCGCCGUCGAUUUUGGUUGCUGCUGAAAACACCGACCACGAACAACCGCAGGAAGCAGUCGAAGACCACAUUGUAAUACCGUCAACGAAUGACCAGGCAAAACUACACGCGGCGCAAGCAGAACAAAAACCAAAAGCGUUCUCCAGAACAACUACGGCUGAUGCGAGUAGUAGCAGAGGACCGAGUAAAAACAUGGCCGCGUCCUCGUCCUCGUGGAAAAGUACCACUGCAGACAACCUUGCUGGUGCUUCAUCACCAGCAAUUUCUCAGGACGACGUGAAGUUGCAAGAAGCAGUUCAAGGAACGACAACCACGGCAGCAGUUGCAGAGCCCGCAUCCUCUGCCUUGGAAGGAGGUCUCGACGCAAGAACUUCAACAUCUUCUUCCGCGGGGGCAGGAGCUUCCGUGUUGCAGAAAGAUGUCGACCACCACAACGACCUGGUUGUCUCCUCGUCCAGUUUGGACCUCAGCUACGUCGACACAACUGCUAUUUCAUCCUCGAAGCCAUCUGCGAGCAGGACCACGGCACAAGAACUAGACAGAGAAGUGCCGUCGUCGAACGCAGGAGGGGUCCUCGUCGGAGCUGACAACUACUCGUCGAGUGGGGACGAGGAUGGAAACGGAGACUCGUCGGCCGCAGCUGCAAGAAGUCCCUCGACAGGAGGUGGAGAUGAAGCAGGUGCUAGUUCAUCUGCAGAGUUGCAGCAGGAGAAGGAUCUUGAUUUUAUCGAGCUUCCGCCGGAUUUCUACACGACGAGGAAAGAUGACGAUGAUGAUGAUGAUCAGAAAACUGAAAAAGCAUCUUCUUCUCCUUCUGUUUCUUCUUCAGCCACACCUUCUGCUGGAAGAAGUACUAGUGCAGUCGUCAGUCACACGGGCGCGGUUCUACUUUCUGCCGAGGAGGACAAGAUUUUGGGUUCUUCGCAAGAUGACAAUGCACAGUCGUCUACUGCCGCAUGCAUUGCAAAUAUGUCUGGGUCUGGAAGGAUGCAAGGUUUGUCAUGCUUGUCUGGCAUGACUGAAGAGUUUGUGAUGCGUGUCCAAGGAGGAAGAGACCCUUUUGCUUGUCAUGCAAAACGCAGACUGUCACGCGGAAAGCGCAACACCAAGCAGCGCAAAUAUUUCUCAACAUGCUUGGCUGUGCAUUACAGAGAAUUCACUAAUCACGACUCAGCAUUACAAGUUUCCAGACCCAGACAUGUUUGCAUUUGAUAUGCCGAGCAGCAACAUCUUGUUCCGCCGGGCAAGUUCGUACAAGUGCGAACCGGAAAGACGAAAGAUGUAUUAUCCUGUGCAAAAGUAUCGUACUCGUAUUGCAGUCAUGCGUUACAAAUCAUCUUGUUAAGGCAAAUCAGCAUUACAAAUUUCAUUUCUCAUGCUGAGAAAAUUUGUAAUGCAUUUAUACGAGUGCGAUACUUUUGCAAUGCAUAUAUAUAUCAAUUCCACAAAUGGUCUUUCUACAACUACCGAGCUUUUUCCUUUCACUUUCUCAUUCUGAUACCUUUUCAUUUCACUUUCUCUUGAUCUCGUGCAUUUCAUCAAGAACUAAAAUAAACAGAAAUACGUAUCCAAAUGAAUUAUCAGCUGAUGGUGCCGGAAACCAAAGAGGACCUGGUAUCCGAGCGAAACAAGGUAAGUAGCAUAUUCAGACCAGAUUUGCAUAGAAGUGCAAAAAUAAGUCUCAGCUGCAUCUCGUUUUCGUCUCAAGACACAGCAUGGUGCUAGAAGCGAUCCGCUCGAACGAUCGUUCGGUGUAUCUGUAUUCAUUCUGUGCAUUUACAAAUCUGAUGUGCUACGACCUUUUUCCUGAGUGAUACCUGAGCUACUACGUCAAGAAUAAAUGCGAGUACACCGUUAUCGAGUGCAAAUUUGUCUCUGGGUCUGAACGAAAAGUGAAACUUGCAAUGCUGCGUUUGCAUUUUUCCUGUGAACAAAUCUGUAUUGCAUGGCCACCAGAACAAGAGUGGCUUGCUUCGUCAACGUGCCACAAAAUAGACGCAGUGGUACUGUGUACUAACUAAUGCGGGGUACGAAUGAGAAUCGAAUGCUUGUUUCUGCAAACUAAUGUGUAAUGUUUGCAGCCAACACGAGCACUGGAACUGCCACUGGCUUCGCUCAACUAAAGUUCAGCAUCACAAGUUUCCAAACCCAGAAGAUGACACGGUUGCAAUGCAUAGCUGUGAUCGACUUUUUUUCCCCGAAGUGCGGGCCCUGCAAGUAUGGAAGCGUCAAGGUUGAAAUCGAAAUCCGGUGAAGUUGUACUUUGAUGUGACGGGUAAAAUCGAUAUUACAGCUUUACCCCGAAUAUGUAAUUCGCACAUGGCAUGCAACUUUGACUUUCCGAAGCAAUGUAAAUCCGAUUUGUCAACCUGCUAUUUCUACGACUGGAAGGACGUCUUCUCUUCUGCUAUUGAAAAUCCAAGACAGGCAUUGUGUGCAGCCUGGAUUAUUUUCAUUUUCAUGCAUAGAGCAGGAGUGCGUAUGCGAAUGCACUUCAUCUUUGUCGAUUUCAAACCUGACGCUUUCAUAGCAAGCGGAGCGGGCCCCUGUUUGAAGAGUUGUCGAAUGUCGCCGAGUUUCAGGACCGCUUCUGCUGUAUCCUGUGUGUGUGAAAGUACGAUUCUCGUAAUCCGCUUUGUGAUAAAUUUUGUUCUCCUACUUUUGGAAACAAAGGUUUGUCAUGCAAAAAUCACUACUGGUCCUGUAGCGCUGUCGUGAUUGUGAUAAGUACUUUUGCAAAAAUGCAUAAGCUUUAUGAAACUUUCAGUGAAAGAGGAUUUGGGGAAACAGCUCGGGCAGACCUUAUGGAAGCGUCAGGACCGAAAUCAGCAAAAUCGAAAUAGUUUGUGAUGCACAAAAUCGAUACCAGUGGGAGCCUCAGUUUGCAAGUGGCGCAUGACAAAUUUUGGGAGAACCGGAAUCCAGUCUGUCAUGCUGUUUGGGCAAAGAAGACUGCGCCUGCCAUGCUACUCUGGCAGUACAUGUGUAGGGCUCAACAGGCUUGCAAUCGGACUCAUUUGCCUCCUCCAAAACAGGCCCUAUGUGCCCUACAUUUUAUGCAUUACAUAUUUUUCGACUUUGUCAAUUUCGGUCCUGAGCCUGACACUCCCAUAGACCUUCGAGAUAAGGAAGUUACCGACUUUCGUCUUUCUGGGCACGGAGGUGAAGGCCAACGGAGAGCGGGGAAUCCUAUCCAGUGCAAAUAAAGUUUGUAAGCAAUCGUACUAUAGAAGUUGCAUGACGAUGACAAAGUGCUUUUGCAAUGCUAAGUCAUGUUCGUUGUAAAUAAAAUAUGCAAUAACUACGAAUCUCCGAUUAUACUUUUGCACUGGAUAAAUCAAGGAGUUCAGCGACAUGCGUUAUCAAAUUCAAAUAUGUCUGGGUCUGGAAGAUUGCUGAGGUUUGUGAUGCUGUGUCUGCUUGACACAGAAGGCAUGCAAGGCCUAGCAUCACAGCUUUUGAGACGGCUACCCAAUGCCUAAUCCGCAUGACAAACGCCUUCUGUCGGCGACAGGAAAAAGGGCUCCUUUUGCUGUCCAAGCAUGACACAUUUUUGUGUGAUCUAAGUACUUAUGCAUCACAAGUUCGCAUCCUUCCAGACCCAGACACUUUUGCAUUCGAUAUGCGUGUUUCUGGCGCAAGAAUCGACGACGUGCGGGAGAGCAUUGAAACGAUGACUGCGAUAUCCCGCAGAAAAAGACAGGCAGGUCAGAUUUGUAAUGCAAAAAUUAAUACACAGAAGUGAAGAAGAAGAACUUGUCUUGGGCGGCCCCAUAGCAUGCCGUUUAGGAUAUGCAAUACAGAUUUUUUUGUGUAUUUAUUUUUGCAUUACAGAUGUGAGUGUGACCUGCCUGCUUUUUUCUGUGUGAUAUGCGAAGACGGUGACUCACUGGGUCGCGGCAACGGUGCGGCAGGCAACGGCUAGGGCGGCAAGGGCAGCGGCUACGGCAGUGGGGGUGGGCGCAGCAAUGGCAGGAAGUGUGAUGGACGACGACGACGAGGUAAUCGAAGCGGCGGGACCCCAGCAGCUAUCACAGGCAGAAGGGGUCGAGGAUCCAGAUCCACUCCAAGUACAGCGGGAGCAGCUACAACUUAUCAAUUGAUGAUACACUACUGACGCACAAGGGCGAGGGGAGGAGGAGCGCCUCGGCGUCGACUUGAAGGCCAAGCGGCCACGUCGGGCCGACUUCCAACACCCUCGAAGGAGGUGGGGCUGUACUUGCCCAAUUUGAGAUCUUCUACUUCUACAAAACCCGUUGCCGCCCCAGCAACGCCGCCCCCCAGGAGAAGAAAUUUUCAUGUCGCGUUCAGGAAAUAAGAAGCAUACGGCUGUGUAUCCACCGCAAAAGCAUCGUACUCUGGACAAAUCGCAGUUAGUCGGACAUGACUACAGAGCAGCACAGGAGAUAAACGGAAGAGAAAGAGUCGAAGAAAGUGGAAGGAUGAAUGUAGACUCGCAUAAAAGCAAAUCAUGUACGAAA